GCAGGCGCACUCGGCGGGGCCGGAGCGGAGCGCGGGCCGGCGGCGCCAUGGUGCUGUGCCCGGUGAUCCGGAAGCUGCUGCACAAGCGCGUGGUGCUGGCCAGCGCCUCCCCGCGCCGCCAGGAGAUCCUCCGCCAGGCGGGUCUCAGGUUCGAGGUGGUCCCUUCCCGGUUCAAAGAGAUGCUCCCCAAGGCCUUGUUCCCCAGCCCUCCCGCGUACGCCGUCGAGACGGCCAAGCAGAAGGCCCUGGAAGUGGCCCGCCGGAUGCACCAGAAGGACCUGCGGGCGCCCGACGUUGUCAUCGGAGCAGACACCAUCGUGGCGGUGGGGGGGCUCAUCCUGGAGAAGCCGGUGGACAAGCAGGACGCCUACAGCAUGCUGUCCAGGUUGAGCGGAAAAGAGCACAGCGUGUUCACGGGCGUCGCCAUCGUCCACUGCUGCAGCCGAGACGGCCGUCUGGACACCGACGUGUCGGAAUUCUACGAGGAGACGAGGGUGCGGUUCUCGGAGCUGUCGGAGGACCUGCUGUGGGAGUACAUCGACAGCGGGGAGCCCAUAGGCCACCCUGAACCCGGUGGAGCGCCAGCCGCCCCAAAGCGUGUCGGCCCCAGACAUCAGUGAUCCUCGAGCUCGGGUCGCGAGGUCAGCGGCCAGUGGCUUUUGGCCUCGCUCCCGUGUCUGAUGGUGGCUUGGGGGUCUGGCCUCGUGUGUUUCCUCUUGAAGUGGCUUGCUCGGGGUCCCCCCGUGGAGCCGGGGGCCAACAGUGGGUAGGCGAGUGUAGACGCCCCCCCGGGGCUGCUGAGGCCGAGGGUGGGAGCCUGCCUUCUCCUGGUUAAAGCCGGUCUCAGGCCAGCUCAGGGGGAAGUCAAGGGAGGAGGCCCCCUCGUUCCCAGGUUGGGGUGCACAUGAGUGUUUUGGGGGACCCUAGGGACCCGGUGAGCUCCAGGCAGCUGGGCUGGGUGCACGAGCCGUGGCCUGUCCCACCCCAGCCAGGGGACACGCUUCGUGGGUGCACCGCUGGCCCUUGGGCGCCACCUCCGGAGGCGUCGGGCCCCGAGUCACGCCGCCCCCGCUUUGCAUGUUCCUCCGCGCGGGUCGGGUCGGGUCGGGUGGGGGGCCCCGCUGGCUCUGCACAGAGGCCGGCCCCGAGCUGCUGUCCGUCUGAGAGGACACGGACCACAGGGAGGCCCCCGGGGGUCCCCGCAGCUCCACACUCUGCAGCGGAGACGGGGCGGGAGGGAGAUCGGGGGCGUCCCCAGGGCGAAGCGGGCGGGGUGGGCCUGCAGGACUGGGUGCGGGUGGAAGGGAGGGGCGACGCCCCAGAGUUCCCCGGAUGUCCGCCUGGGCGCGGGAGCACGGGGCCGCCCACCCCCGUCAGGAAGGGGCGCGGAGGAGAAUGGGGGGCGGGAGGAAGGGGGUCCCGUCUCCGAGUCUUGGGCUGCGCAGCUCGUGCGUCAAGGUGGGCGGUGACCCCAGGCCGGCUGAGGGGUCCCGUGUGCGCCCUGGACCCCCCCACCCCCGGGUCUCAGCAUCUCCCGUGUCCGGGAUGCCUCGCGGGAGCCCGAGGUCGGGGGUGUCUCAGUUGCUGGGGCCCCCCUAAGAGAGCACCACAGACUGGGGGUCACCCCACUGCCGAGGGGGCCCCCUAACUAAAGGCUCCUGCCGUUUUAGGGACCUGGGUUUGGGGAAGUGUGUGGGGGGGGUCUCGAAUAGAAAGGUGCUGGGUGCUCAGUCGCUGGAGGGGGGUCUUCAAGGACCCCUCUUACCCCCGUGGAAGGAGGUGUCAGCAGGGCGCGCCCGAGGACCCCCAUAAAGAGGCCUCCGAAUGGGGCGCCUGGAAUGCAGGUGCGGGGAACAGCAUGGCGGGGGGGGCCCGGGGCCUUGACUGCCGCCCCCAGAGACUGUGGUCCCUGGGCCGCGCACCGGGCCUGGGGUGCAGGGCGGCUCCCCCCGGGGCCUAGAGGGCCACCCGUGCGAUGGCCCGGGGCCGGGUCUGAAGGAUCGGGUCCGACUUGAGCCCGGAGUCUCACUCCUCUGGGCUGCGGAUCGCGGGGUCCCCUCCACUCGUCACGGACUCUUGAAUGACGUGCCGAACGUUGACGUGUCCCCUGACCUUUGGCCGUGUCCCCUCCCCGCCCCUGUGGACUCCUCCCGACCCCGCUCAGGGACAAAGCCGGGGGCUACGGGAUCCAGGCGCUGGGCGGCAUGCUGGUGGAGCAGGUGCACGGGGACUUCCUCAACGUCGUGGGCUUCCCCCUGAACCGCUUCUGCAAGAAGCUGGCCGAGCUCUACUA